AGCUUUUAGAGAGAAAUGGCUGUAGGAGGAGGAGGAGGAGGAGGAGGAGGAGGAGGUGGAGGUGGAGGUGGGGGUGGAGGUGGAGGAGGAGGAGGAGGACGUGGAGGUGGAGGUGGCAAUGAGUUUCAACCACACCCGGUGAAGGAACAGCUUCCCGGCAUCGACUUCUGUGUCUCUAGUUCUCCCAAUUGGCCUGAGGCCAUACUUGUGGGAUUCCAGCACUACCUGGUGGUAAUUGGAAGCAUUGUUAUCAUCUCAACCAUUAUUGUUCCUCUAAUGGGUGGUGGCAAUGUGGAGAAGGCUGAGGUGAUAAGCACUUUCCUCUUUGUUGCUGGAAUCAACACAUUGUUGCAAACGGUUUUUGGGACUCGGCUACCGGUGGUAACGGGGCCUUCAUAUGCUUUUCUUAUUCCAAUCAUUUCCAUUGCCUUGUCGAGGAGGUUCAGUGAUAAUGUAGAUCCCCAUGAGAGGUUUAAACAAAUCAUGAGGGCCGUACAAGGAGCACUUAUUGUAUCAUCUUUCUUCCAAAUGAUUGUUGGAUUUUUUGGUUUCUGGAGAAUCUUUGCAAGGUUUCUCAGUCCUCUUGCUGCAGUUCCUUUUGUAACUCUCACUGGACUUGGCCUUUUCAUACAUGGUUUCCCACAGUUGGCGAAAUGCAUUGAAGUUGGACUCCCAGAAUUGAUUAUUCUGAUUGUUUUAUCUCAGUAUAUUCCUUCUGUGCUAAAAUCGAACAAAGUCAUAUUUGUUCGAUUUGCUGUUGUACUCUCAGUCGCGAUUGUAUGGGUAUAUGCAGAAAUUUUGACUGUAGCUGGUGCAUAUAACCGUCGAUCUGUAAAAACUCAAUUAAGUUGCCGCACAGAUCGUUCUGGGCUCAUUGGUGCUGCCUCUUGGAUUAGAGUUCCAUAUCCGUUUCAAUGGGGACGUCCUACAUUUAAUGCUGGAGAUGCUUUUGCAAUGAUGGCUUCUGGUUUUGUUGCUAUUGUUGAGUCCACGGGUACGUAUAUUGUAGCAGCAAGAUAUGGGAGUGCCACUCAUGUGCCUCCUUCCGUACUCAGCCGUGGUAUUGGCUGGCAGGGAAUAGGCACUUUUCUGGAUGGAAUUUUUGGUGCAGGAACUGGCUCCACUGCAUCAGUUGAAAAUGCAGGUCUGUUAGGAUUAACACGGAUUGGAAGUAGAAGAGUCGUUCAAAUAGCAGCAGGAUUUAUGAUUUUCUUUUCUGUUUUAGGAAAAUUCGGUGCUGUCAUUGCUUCUAUACCAUUACCAAUUGUGGCGGCAUUGUACUGUGUUCUCUUUGCCUACGUAGUUUCAGCUGGCCUUGCUCUUCUUCAAUUCUGCAACCUGAAUAGCUUCCGGACAAAAUUCAUUCUAGGCUUUUCCCUCUUCAUGGGUCUUAGUGUGCCUCAAUAUUUCAACGAAUACCUUUUGAUAGCCGGUCAGGGACCUGUCCACACUCGUUCUAUAUGGUUCAACGACUUUGUGCAAGUGAUUUUCUCUUCCCCAGCAACAGUGGCUGCUAUAGUUGCUUUUCUUUUGGACUCCACUUUGAGCCGUAGCCACGACUCAACCCGUCGAGAUAGUGGGAGGCAUUGGUGGGAGAAAUUCAGAUUCUUUAACCAGGAUACUAGGAGUGAGGAGUUCUAUGCAUUGCCUUGGAAGCUUAAUAGGUUCUUCCCUUCAUUCUGAUUUUAGAAUGGAGAAAUUUUAAUGAACAUCUCAAAUUUGUUGUGCCUAUGGCAGUCUUUUCUUCUGCCAUUGCAUUUCCUAGUAUAGAAUGAGAAAAUAUAUAGCAACAGUUGAGCAUAAGACACUGACUUCUUGUUGCAUACAUAAUUGCCUAAGUCUUUGUAUAUACCUUCUUAUAGUCUUCUCAAAUAUAUAAUGAGAAAAUAUAUAGCUACAGUUAAAUUUGUUGCUUUUAUAAAGCCAAAACUACAUUAAUUGUUGCA